AACUCAGCGAGUUUGUGUUUGGGAUUGGAAUUGAGUAACCAGCGAGACACAUGAUCUUUCAUGUCAGAGAUGUAAUGUUUUGCCUUAUUAUUAUGUCGUCUCACUGACAAUAUGGAUUUUAUUUUGUCGUUAUCCGCAAAGAACGGGCACUCCAAUACAAAAUCAAUCCAAACGCACGAGAGUACACGUGUUCGACGCAUAUCUUUCCAGGAUUUUUAUGCAGAAGACACCGGCCAGAAGAAGAGCGAUCGCAAGGAUGCCAAGGAUGGCCGACGCAUCUCCUUCCAGAGACCCAAAGGGACCAUCGAGUACACCGUGGAGUCGAGGGACACCUUGAACAGCAUAGCGCUGAAGUUCGACACCACGCCCAAUGAACUGGUGCAGCUCAACAAGCUCUUCUCCAGAGCAGUCGUGCCAGGGAAGGUGCUGUAUGUCCCGGAUCCGGAGUAUGUGUCGAGUGCGGAGAGCUCCCCCUCCCUCAGCCCUGUCAGCCCCCACUCCCCCACCUCCUCUGAGGCCGACCUGGACAAGCUGCCCAAGGCCUCGGAUGAGAAGCCUCGGCGCGGCGUCCAGCCGUCUCCGGCCCACCCCCUGCCCAGGCCCGUACGCGUGGUCUCCUCCACCUCGGAGGAAGAGGAGGCCCUGACGGAGAAGUUCCUCAAGAUCAACUGCAAGUACAUCACCGAUGGCAAGGGUGUGGUGAGCGGCGUGCUGCUCGUGACGCCCAACAACAUCAUGUUCGACCCGCACAAGGCGGACGUGCUGGUGCAGGAGCGCGGGUGCGAAGAGUACGGCAUCAUGUGCCCCCUAGAGGAACUGGUGUCCGCUGCCAUGUGCCACGACAUCACCGACGCCAGGAUGCGCGAGUUCGUGCCACCGAAUCUGGAGUUGGAGGCUGCCUUGCCUGAGGGUGGCGAGCGUGUGGUGAAGCGGCCCGCUCGCGGAGGAGGAGGAGGAGGAGGGAACGCCGAAGACCUGGCCCAACGUCUCCGCGACGACGGGGGCAACGAGAGCGCCAGCACGGCGCCGCGCAGCACGGAGGCCUCGCUGUCCGAGGACGUCUUCACCGAGUCCGAGCUCUCGCCCUCCUCCGACGAGCUGCUCCUGCAGCGCCACAAGUCGUCCGGCGCCUCCUCCGAGUCCGUGCAGACCAUCAACCAGGCGGAGGCGGACACUGCCCCGGGGGCGGGAGAGAGGGAGGAGGGCGCCGGGGCUGCUGGGAAAUGGGAUGCGGAUAGGGACGGGGCACAGGGACACCAGGAAGCCAGGAGCAGCACCAGUGGCAGUAUUGGAGACAGGAAAAGCGUCUCGUCGUCUGGAGGUUUGGCUGCAGGCCUGGAGGUAUUCGGGAGGGACGGAGACGGCGUCGUUCAUGUUGGGGAUGUUGGGAUGAGAGGGGGCGGCGGCGACUCCCGUACCCCUUCCGAGUCACAGAGCUCCGACACGGUGGCGGCGGACGCUCCAUCUUUGGGACAGGAAGUGAGCAGAGGAAGUGGCGUCGAGACGGCUGCAGGCACGGAGGAGCAAGGACAGCCAGGGGGGGGCACGGGCCACACUAUGCAACAAUCAGCCAAUGAGGGUAAAGAGAGUGGUCAGGUGACCACCGGCGAGACCACACCAGCCAAUUCUGAUGGGGCAGAGAAAGGUCCCGGUGGGGAAGAAGGAGUCCCGGCGGGUGGUGGGGAGAAGCGUAAGACUUGCUCCCAUCGCUUCCUGAGCCUGCGUGUGGGCAAGGCCAUGAGGAAGACCUUCGUGUCCCACGCCAGCGCCUCCAUGCAGCAGUACAUGCAGAGGGACCGCAAGCACGAGUACUGGUUUGCCGUCCCUGCUGAGAGGUCAGACCAUCUGUACUCCUUCUUCGUCCAGUGGACCCCUGACAUGUAUGGGGAGAGCGGCGUCACCCGAGAGCCGGGCUUCGUGGUCGUGAAGAAGACCGAGAAGGAGUCGGCGGAGGACGGCGAAGACAAGCCGGCGGCGGCGGACAUCACAGCCAAGGAGUGGGAGGUAGUGUCGGUGACCGAGUACUACAGGCGGAUUGACGCCCUUAACAGCGAGGACCUGCGCUCGCUCUGCAAACGUCUACAGAUCACCACCAAGGCAGAGGUCAACUCCAAACUCAGCCCUGGCAGCAGGCCUGAGCCGGAGCCAGAGGUGUUUAGGCCCAACCUGAGCGAGCCCAGUGACUUGUUACAGACCGACCAGAUUGAGAAGCUGUCUAAGAACCUGCCUCCUCGGACGAUAGGCUACCCGUGGAGCUUAGCCUUCAGCACCUCCAAGCACGGCAUGAGCAUCAAGACCCUGUACCGCAUCAUGCAAGGCCUCGACUCCCCAGUCCUCCUGGUCGUCAAAGACAACGACGGACAGGUGUUUGGGGCGCUGGCCUCCGAGCCGUUUAAGGUGAGCGAGGGUUUCUACGGCACAGGAGAGACCUUCCUCUUCACCUUCUGCCCAGACUUCGAGGUGUUCAAAUGGACUGGGGAUAACAUGUUCUUCAUGAAGGGGGAUAUGGACUCCUUAGCGUUUGGUGGUGGAAGUGGAGAGUUUGGUCUGUGGCUGGACGGAGACCUCUACCGGGGACGGACCCACUCCUGCAAGACGUUUGGCAACCCCACCCUCUCCAAAAGCGAGGACUUUGUGGUGCAGGACAUUGAGAUCUGGGCAUUUGAGUAAACAGCGCCCCCUGAUGGGCUGGGCGCUCCUGGACUGAGACAAUUCUGUACAAAAAUAAAUAAAUAAUAAUAAUAAAAGAACAACAACAACAACGCCCGCCCGCCUGGAGAAAAUCAACAACAACCCUCCCAGACCCUCCUGAGUCGCACAUUGUUCUUCGGAGGAGCCCAGUCAGUCACCGUCAGCAUAUCGGACCACAUGGGGUCAUCCAUUUAUUUCCAUUGCAUUGCGUGUCAGUGUUUGUGAAUGGGAAUGAGUCUUGAGAGUGUGAGAGAAUGGAAACUUCUCUCAUUCUGGCUGGGUAGAGUUCAGGUUUUCUCAUCAUCAUCAUCAUCAUCAUCCCACUUGUCCUGUUGUCUUUUUUUCCCUGCUAAAUGUCAGGGUAUUACUAAGACAUCAUGGCACAACCAUUGGACCUCUCUGCUUGAUGCUGUUCUGGAAGCUCAAUACAUCAACACGUGACGUACCGUAGGCUACCCCUGGCCUGUAUAUCCCCACCACCAUCUCUACACACGCAUGUCUAAAUGAUCGUGACAUUAGAUUGUGCAAAUUGCCGCUUCAGACAAAACAAAACAAAAAGCAAUCGCAAACCAAAGCACUAAAAUCGGAGAUGUGAAGGGGAAAGCCAUAGUCACAGUGGGGCAUAAGGCGAAUGACCAAAUGUAAAGCGAUAGUGAAUGUGUAGUGGUAUGAGUGGCAGGCAGGCGGGAGGGCUGGCGGAGUAGGAUGAAGCAGUUGUGUAGCAGCUCUUCCCAUCUCCUAGCCUUUCCAUGACAUGUGGCAGUGUAUACACACACACACACACACACACACACACACAGCAAGUCUGCAGCUUAUGCGUUUUCGGCAGCAAUUCACCAACAACAGGGGUGUUGCAAUGGUCGCACACGCACACACACACGCGCACACACACACACACACACUGUGUCCUGAGGAGCACAUACUACAGUGACUUCACAAUACAAACAAAGAUGCACUUCCUGACGAUGUAGCCCACUGUGUGCUGAAGUCCUGCUGUCUCCUUUUCAUCAGGGGCUGUGCCCUGGCGUGCCCCCUCCCUAUACUGUAUUGUGUUGCUCUAGAAAUGUUAAGUUGUGCAGGGGUGCAUUUCUGGAAAGCGUAGUUGCUAACUAUGUUAGCUACUUUGUUGGUUGCAAUGCAAUUUCCCAUUGGCAACUACCGAAGUUGCUAACUGCUAACAACUACGCUUUCCAAAAAUGCACCCCAGAUCUACUGUGGUGACCAUGGGUCACGAUACUAGUCAGCUUCCUCGUCAGGGCUUUAGAUUAACACCAGUCAACCGGACAAAUGCUGGAGAAAUUUGAGUUUGGCUGGUAGAAAAGACCAACUUACCAGCCACUUUGACACAUUAGGUAGGGAGUGUAUGUGUCAUCUAUUAUCAAUUUUAGCUGGUGAUGGAAAAAAAGUUAAUUUAGAGCCCUGUUACUCGUCAUUCUAUUGUUCCACUUUCACAGCCAACUAGGAGAACUAUGAUUGACAACACUGUUACAUCAGUUGGGAGUUAAAAAAAUAGAAAUGACAAAUUUUAUAAUGCAUAUAUAAAUAUAGACGUAUAUAUAGGAAAUAUAUAUAUUUAUAAAAUAUAAUGUGUACAUAUAAAAUACAUAUUGCUGUUAUUUGUGUGACAGU